CUGCCAUCCGACCGCUCUCCACAUAAGUAAUGGGUCUGUUGCGACCUUCUUCUUGCACCUAGUGAUGUCUGAUUCCCGUGAGAAAGUUCUUUCGUUACAUCUCAGAACGCUAUCCACUCACCUCGCAACUCAUCCAAGAGAAUAAGAUUCCCGAAUUUGGUGCGUCUCCUCGGUGAUAUUGUAAAAACGCUCUCAAUGCAUGGGGCAGACAAUUUGUAUCUUGACUUCAAUGGGAUCAUUCAUAACUGCUCACAUCCAAACGACGAGGAUGCUCAUUUCCGGCUGUCCGAAGAGCAGAUAUUCACCUCAAUCUUUGGAUACGUCGAUCACCUAUUUGGGAAGAUCAAGCCCAAGAAGCUCUUUUUCAUGGCGGUUGACGGCGUCGCUCCUCGAGCCAAGAUGAAUCAACAACGCAGCCGGCGUUUCAGGACAGCAAAGGAGGCAAAGGACGUCCGGGAGAAAGCGGAGGCGAGAGGGGAGCAGUUGCCUGCAGAGAAGCCAUUCGACAGUAACUGCAUCACGCCUGGCACACCUUUCAUGGUUCGACUGUCUGAGCAGCUGCGCUACUUCGUUAACAAGAAGAUCACGGAGGAUUCGGAUUGGCGGGACGUCGAAGUGGUGCUUUCUGGGCACGAAGUUCCAGGAGAGGGCGAGCAUAAGAUCAUGGAGUACAUCCGACAUUCUCGAGCUCAACCGGACUAUAACCCCAAUGUUCGGCACUGCAUGUAUGGGCUCGACGCGGACCUUAUCAUGCUCAGUCUGCUCAGCCACGAUCCGCACUUCUGUCUCCUUCGGGAGGAAGUCAAGUUUGGGCCAGCGCGUAAACGGGGGAACACUUCUCUCGAGGCCACCAACUUCUAUCUACUGCAUCUUUCGCUUCUUCGCGAGUACCUUGACCUCGAGUUCCGCGAUAUCGAGUCGCUGCUUCCGUUCAAGUACAGUCUGGAGCGCGUGCUCGAUGACUUCAUUCUUCUCGCCGCCUUUGUCGGCAACGAUUUCCUUCCUCAUCUUCCCGAUCUACAUAUCCACGAGAACGGGUUAGAGCGACUGUUCGAUGUGUACAAGAAGGUCCUGCCAGGGUUGGACGGGUACAUCAACGUGAACGGGACGAUCAGUGUGAAGAGGUUGCAGAUUGUGCUGGACGAGAUGGCUCUGUGGGAGCAGGAUGUUUUCGAGAAGGAGUACGCUGAUGUCAAUUGGUUCAAGGGAAAGCAGGCCAAGCAUGUGAACGAAAUGGAGCUGGCGAGGAAACGAGGAAAGCUGGUCCUCACGGUGUCUCAGCGCGAGAUAUUCGAUAAAGUCAAGACUUUUGUAUUGACGAAGAAGUCCAAGACUACUGUCCUCUCCAUGAGAAACGAAUUCCCUGCGCGAGAUCGCAAGUUCAUAUCAACUUUAGGCGAGGAUCUGCACCUAGGACUCCGAUGGGAUGAGUUCGACGACGAGGAUAGAAACUUGGUCACGUGGCGCUUCCCAAGUGCAGUAACGGAAGAGGGCGACAGUGAGGAGAGUGCAAAGGUGCCGGACGGGAAUGAUGCAGAGUGGGAGGACGUCGAUGAUGACGAAGAAGACCCGGAGAGCUUGGCUGCAAUCGAGCGAGUGUUGCGCAAGUACGACAAGGCUCCGGUCAUGGAUGACGACGAAGAUGGAGGAUUUGAAGCUCGACAUGCACGAUCUGUCAGGGAAAAAAUGGACGAGUGGAAGCGCGGUUACUACCAGGGCAAGCUUGAGAUCUCGUACGAUGACCCCAAAGCCAUGGGUGCUUUGAUGUAUCGUUACGUGGAAGGGCUACAAUGGGUCAUGCACUACUACUAUAGUGGCGUUGCAUCGUGGGGUUGGUUUUACGACUAUCACUACGCACCCAGGAUAUCAGACUUGCGACACGUCGCUGACAUGGAGUUCAGCUUUGAGCUCGGUGCUCCCUUCAAGCCCUUUGAACAACUGAUGGGCGUGCUCCCCGUCGCCAGCAAAGACCACAUACCUGUCGCGUAUCAGGAUUUAAUGUACAACCCGACCUCACCCAUCCUUGACUUCUAUCCGCUUGAGUUCGAGCAGGAUCUGAAUGGGAAGAAACAGGACUGGGAGGCUGUCGUUAAAAUUCCCUUCAUAGAUGGCGAUCGGCUGCUGACGGCGAUGAAAACCCGAGAGCAUCGGCUGAGUGAUGACGAGAAGCGACGCAACACUUUCGGUGCGAGCGUGAAGUUCAGCUUCAACCACGGAGAGCCCACCCUUUAUCCUUCAUCCUUGCCCGGAUUCUUUCCGCCGCUGUAUAGGUGCUCUUGCAUCAUGGAGACCUUUGAUCUGCCGACCCUUGAUGGUCUACAUCUCGUAGAGGGUCUUUGUGAUGGUGUCUUCCUCGGCGCCGACGCGCUUGCUGGGUUCCCUUCGCUUAAGACGCUUCCGCACUCCGCCUCUCUCGGAUUUCACGGUGUUAACGUCCAUGGAUCUGAGAGUCGAAACAAGUCGAUGAUCGUACAUAUCCAGAACCCGCACGAGGAAAAGAAUCUGCAGCAGAUCGGCGAAGAGAUGGUCGGGAAGCGGACCUUCGUCGGGUGGCCGUUCUUACAGGAAGGGCUGGUCGUGGCGCUAUCGGACUCGUUGUUCAAGUAUGAGAAGAUGGCCAUCGUGCACGGUGGCCCUGCCAAAAUUGUCUCGACGCCUCAUGCGCCAAGUGCAUUGGGGCACUGGAAAUCAAAGGCAGAGCGGAUCGAACAAACUUACUCGAAGCGAAUGGGUGUGGUCACGGGAAAUGUAGAUGUGCUGCUGCAUGUCAGGCCUUUGAAAGGCAUGAAACGGCUAGAAUCCGGCGCGCUUGUGAAAGACUACGAAGGAGCAGACAAAGAGCAGGAGCAUGCUGUCCAGAUGACGCUGUCAGAAGUUGCGUCUGAAGACCCGCGAUUUCUUGAGCGAGCGGCUCCGCCUCUGGCCGAGGAGUUCCCUGAAGGCAGCAAAAUCUUCUUCUUGGGCGAACACGCAUAUGGCGUCGCUGCCCAGGUGUCAGCAACCACGGAUAAAACGCUCUCCGUUGUGUUGGCGUUCUUCCCCACCGAGAAGGCAGAGAAUGAGCGCUUCAAGACUGUGGUCGAUCAACGCCACGCCGUAGCGUAUCUACCUUCGUUUAGGGUGGCUGACCAGUUGGGUGUAUCGAGCCGGGCGGUGUCCAAGAUCACGAGCAGUUUUUUGGUCAUCACUGCAGAUGGCGCCAAAGUCAACCUGGGAUUGAGUCUCAAAUUCGAGGGCAAAGGGAUGAAGGUCAUCGAUUACUCUCGUAAGGGAGUGAGAGGCUGGGAGUUCAGCGACAAAGCAGUUGCGUUGCUGAAAGAAUAUCUGACCACUUUCCCCGACUUGUUCUUGUCGCUGGAUCUCCCGGGCGAUGCAAUUGCCAAAGCGAGCGAAAUCUUUCGGAAAGGGGAUGCUGACCAGCGAGUCAAGGAGGCCAAAGCUUGGCUCAAAGGCAAAGGGGUCAGGGAUUUAGAGCCUGUCUCGCUGUACUGUGACCAGUUGGGCAAGGACUCGGUGACGGAGAUCGAGAAACUGGCGGACUCAUUCACAGAAUCCAAGUCUACCCAGGGAAUCAAGAAAGCCAUCGUGAAAGGCAUUCCUCGGCAAGCCGUGUUGAAGCCGAGCCACGCUGUGUAUCGCUUACAGAACCAGCGAUUUGCGCUCGGAGACCGAGUUGUGAUGGUCCAGGACUCAGGGAGCGUGCCCUUGUCGGUGAAAGGCGUGGUGAUUGGGCUCAAUGCAAAAUCCAUGGAUGUGGUCUGGGAUGUGCCGUUCAUGGGAGGCGGAACACUGGGUGAUCGUUGCUCGAUGUACCGAGGCUCGAGCGUGGAAUUCAAUACAUGCUUGAAUCUGUCACAACCGCAAUAUGUCACGUCGACGAAUCCUGCUCCUCCUCCCUAUCGACAAGUACACCAGCAUCCCCAUCAACAGCAACAGGCACAUGGCGCAGCCACUCAAUUCCGUCCUACUCCUGUUGCCAUCAUGGCCAACCCGAACAGAGGCAGAGGGGGAUUUACUCCCCCUGCUGCUGCUGCUGCACCGGCUGCUGCCACCUCAAACGUCCAUCCUGUUCCCAACCGCGGACGAGGCCGAGGUGGACCCUUCAUUUCAGGACCCCCCGCCUCAAAUGGUCUCCCACCUAGGGGUCGUGGUGGUUUCCUGCCUGACCGAGCGAGAGGGCGAGGUGGCUUCCGUGGUGGAAGAGCUAGAGGAUCAUUUGCGCCAACGAUGGCUUCGUAAUGUAUGUAACACGAAAACGGCGUCUGUAUUUACAAGUGUAUGAACAUGUUCGUAUCCGUGGCCCGAUGCUCCAGCUGUGCUACCAAUCAACUUA